GACUGUGAGCGAGCGAAUUCAGACCAGACCACCCCACCCCGAGGUCUUUAUUCAACCUAACAGUCGCGCGAAGCUCUGUUCUUGUGUAUUACUUUGCGGUGUUUAAGGACGUCGGUUCACACCGAGCGCGGAGCCUCCCAUAGACACACGAUCUAUCGAAGAUUCUAUGUGUGUAUUAACGCGGAGGUGAGCGGAGCGACACGGCGCGCUGCAACUUACUUACUAGCCCGGCCGUGGACUUGUGACCUCUAACCCCUGACUGUUCAGAUCAUCCCUCAAUCCCUCUCUAAGGACAGUAUGGUGCAGAAGUAUCAGUCACCCUUGAGGGUCUACAAGCACCCCUUCGAGCUGGUGAUGGCAGCCUAUGAGAGAAGGUUUCCCACCUGCCCGCUCAUACCAAUGUUCGUGGGCAGCGACAUCAUCAGCGAGGUUCACGGUGAUGAUGGCGCCACUCGUGUGAUUGAACGUCGCUGCAAACUAGAUGUAGAUGCACCUCGGCUGCUAAAGAGGAUUGCUGGGGUUGACUUGUUGUACUUCAUCCAAAAGAAUUCCCUGGACCUGCGGGAGCGGAUGCUACGCAUUGAGGUGCACAAUGAGACUUUCUCUAACAGGGUCAUCGUCCAUGAACUAUGCAGCUACUCGGUGCACCCAGAAAAUGAAGACUGGACGUGUUUUGAGCAGUCAGCCAGUUUGGACAUCAAAUCCUUCUUUGGCUUUGAGAGCAUGGCAGAAAAGAUUGCAGUUAAGCAGUAUGCCAGCAGCAUAAAGAAGGGCAAGGAAAUCAUUGAGUACCAUCUGAAGGAGCUGCACAGGGAAGGAGUGACUCAUAUCCCUCGCUGGGCACCACCUGCAGCUUGUGCUACUGAGGCCAGCACCUUAACAAAACUCAAGCAACCUGUUGUCACUCUGUCCUGUGCUGGUGACAGCCGUUACAGGACAGACACUGCCAGCUGGCCCAGCAGCCUCAGUGAGCUCCCAUCAGGGAUGACAGAUGAUAAGCUAGAGGCAGACUAUAUCAGGCACUACCUGGGAGACCUCACUCCUCUGCAGGAGAGUUGCUUGAUUCAGCUGCGCUUGUGGCUGCAGGAGACCCACAAGGGCAAGAUCCCCAAGGAUGAGCAUAUCCUGCGCUUCCUGCGUGCACGUGACUUCAACGUGGACAAAGCGCGUGACUUCCUCUGCCAGUCACUCACCUGGCGGAAGCAACACCAGGUGGACUACUUGCUGGAGACAUGGGCACCUCCGCAGGUCUUGCUGGAAUACUACUCUGGGGGCUGGCACCACGAUGACAGAGAUGGGCGCCCUCUCUACAUCCUACGUUUGGGUCAGAUGGACACUAAAGGGCUGGUUCGUGCCGUGGGGCAAGAGUCUUUGCUGAGACAUGUACUGUCAAUCAACGAAGAGGGUUUGAGACGCUGUGGAGAAAAUACCAAGUUGUUCCGCCGGCCAGUAAGCUGCUGGACCUGUCUGGUGGACCUAGAGGGCCUGAGCAUGAGGCAUCUGUGGCGACCAGCCGUCAGGGCACUGCUGCGCAUCAUUGAGGUGGUGGAGGCCAACUACCCUGAGACCCUGGGACGUCUGCUUAUUGUGAGGGCCCCCCGAGUAUUCCCUGUCCUCUGGACUUUUAUCAGUCCCUUCAUUGAUGAGAACACACGGAAGAAGUUCCUCAUCUAUGCAGGGAAUGACUACAGGGGACCAGGUGGCUUAGUGGACUACAUUGACUGUGAAGUUAUUCCUGACUUCCUAGGUGGAGACUGUGUGUGCCAAGUCCCUGAAGGAGGACUGGUCCCCAAAAACCUGUACAAGACGCUGGAAGACAUAGGGAUUGAAGACAUACGUCUGUGGCCAGAGACCAUCUAUCAGAGCGUCAGCAUUGCCAAGGGUGCUCCACAUGAGGUGUUGGUUGAAGUGAUCGAUGCUUCUUCUGUUAUCACCUGGGACUUCGAUGUUUGCAAGGGCGAUGUCAUUUUUAGCAUUUUUCACUCAAAGUGUGUGCCCCAGCCCCUGAGGAAGGACCUGCAGGGCGCGAACAGUGUGCAGCUGAUUGAUAGGUCCUGGCAGCUGGGGAAGGACUACAUCGCAGUGGAGUCACCCCUCACUUGCAAGGAGGGUGAGAGUGUGCAGGGCUCCCAUGUGACCAGAUGGGCAGGAUUCUAUUUAUUGCAAUGGAAGCUCCAGUCUGCACCACCGUGUGCUGCCUCUUACAGGCCUCGCAUGGAUGAGGUGCUGGCCAGCUUGCAGGUGUUGCCCCCAAGAUGCAGGAUAAUGUACUACACUGAGCUGCUGGCCUCCCAUGAUUUCAGGGGCUCGAUGACCAGUCUGGAGUCCAGCCACAGUGGCUUUUCCAUGCUCAGUGCUACCACCACCUCCUCUGAGCAGUCCUGCUGCAGUUCCACUGUCUCUAGAUAACACUGGUCGUAUCAAUAGGAGCAAGGAUUGAGGGUCAGGCUCCUUCUUGUCAAAUGGAAGAUAUUUACAUGGGUAUUACACUACACUACAUUACUUCAUUUAGCAGACACUUUUCUCCAAAGUGACUUCCAUUGAACAUUAGGCAGUGUUA